UUCAGACGUGAACCCUCUAUCCCACGAAGGCCUAUCGUCAGAGUACGGCGUUGUGACUUCCCUUGUACUUAGUCGUCCAAACAUGUAAGCCAGUGAACCUUCAUAGUACGAGGCCGUAUCAACAUAUUCGAGUAUAACACUGGCUCAUCUCAUCGUCGGCAUCACAACUGACGCUACGUAGCCUUCAGCAAGCCUUUUCUGUUGUGAGUCAUCGUAGAAGAAGACUUGUAGGCCUGUGUAUGGAUGGUUGGAUUUCAUCACUCAAAUUACACGACCAUGUAGCACGCCGAGACAGCAUAAGAGCGACAAUAAUUAUGGAGGCGACUGUCGUCGUGUCGAAUUGAAGAACAAGGUGAUGCGGCAAGGCAAGCUACCAUGAAGAUCAUGAAGAUGUGACAAGCAGAGAAACUCUUUGCGUGCGUUGUGCUUUUUUAUUCUUCGGACGCAUGUUGCGCUAGACACACGCUGAAGGGGGUGGCACAAGGUGAACAAACGUCUAAUCAUUAUGUGGACAUUUGUCAUUGCCGCUGUUUGUCUUCAAGGAUGCGCGGUCAUAACCCAUGCAGGCCCAUCGGGUACUGGCCGAGAAUGUAUGGUCGACGAGUCUAAUCCACGCGGUUGGUUUGAUCCUUCCAACGUAUACCCCUGUAAAUUAACUCAAAAAUGUUGUAAGGAGUAUGGAAAGCCUGCCUGUUGUGCUAGCAAACCCACAUCUGAAAUCGUGCAAGAACAGCUUUUAUUGUGGGGUGGUUUGUUCUCCUUUCUGACGGUGCUCGCCGUACUCAUCUAUUGCCGACGGACGGACGUGCGUCUGUGCGAGGGCCGAAGGGUGAACUGGUGCGGACGCAACCGGGUAACGCUAAACUUUGAACACGAGAAAUGCACUGAAAACCAAAAACAUCGGUGGAAAAUAACGGAAGCCAAGGAGGGGCAAGCAAGCCGACAGACCUAUUUACGAUGCACAAUCUAACAGGAGAUAGGAACGAACUGUCAGCCUAUUUACUCAGGACUCGGCUCGUUCCGCCCAGCAAAAGAUGUCAUUGUGGAAUCCAGAAACCAAAGCGUGCGUCGCUGGUGAUAUGCGACCGCUCCGAUUAAAG